GAACUCUUCUGUCGUAAUAAGAAUGAAUCGAAUGACGGCCUCUGAAGUGCCAUCAAACAAUCAAGCCCACAAUGGUUUAUCAAUCAGCAAUCUAACUGUAAUUAGUACAAUGACAAAUGCUAAACAAAAUGGUGAAAUUUCACCACAAAUCGAUACAAACUUUAUUGAACUGUCGCCAUCGGGUGAUUUAAGUGUUUCGCAAACGUCCUUCGACGCUAUGUCGAAUAAGGAACCGGACAAAAUGUUCGGAUGGGAAAAAUUUAAACCGAAAUUUCUACAACGCUUCUGCAAUGCAAAAUGGGCGCUCUUCUGGCUCUGUUGGGGUGGCGCUAUGCAAGGGCUUAUCGUGAAUGGCUUCAUUAAUGUCGUCAUUACGACUAUUGAACGACGUUUCGGACUGCGCUCUCGUCAGACGGGUCUUGUCGCCAGUGGCUACGAUAUCGCCUCAUUCGUUUGCCUGGUGCCUGUCACAUAUUUUGGUGGACGUGUUGGUGCAUCAAAGCCAAAAAUUUUGGCAUGGGGCGUUAUUCUAAUGGGCAUUGGAUCAUUGACAUUUGCGCUGCCACAUUUUCUAGUCAGUAGUUAUCGUGCAACAAUGAGCGAUAGUAAUGUUUGUCAAAGCAGCGCAACAAAUGGGACACAUUAUGAGACUUGCAGUUCGGAAGCCGAUACAUUUGCUGAGCAAGAGAAUCUUUCUUGGACCGUGUGGUUGUUCUUUUUGGCGCAAUUGCUGCAUGGUGCCGGCGCUUCGCCGCUCUUCACCCUCGGUGUCACAUAUAUCGAUGAGAAUGUCUCCACGAAGAUGUCCUCUGUGUAUUUGGGUAUCUUCUACACGAUGGCGAUAAUUGGCCCUGCCGUGGGUUAUGUGCUUGGCGGGCAGCUUUUACUGAUUUAUACCGAGUUCAUGACGGUGGAUGCCUCUGACUUAGGUCUGACAAGCUCCAGCAAGGUUUGGAUUGGCGCUUGGUGGAUUGGUUUCAUUUUUGCAGCGAUUGCUUGUUUUCUACUCUCCAUACCGAUAUUCGGUUAUCCAUCAUCACUGCCGGGAGCUAAAGAAUUGCAACAACAAAAAGUGUCUGAAGCCUACAAUGCCGAUGUACAGAAAAUUGAGCAGACAUUCACCAAACUCAAAGACAUGCCAAGCGCACUACUAUCAUUGCUGAAGAACCCCACAUUUUUCUGUCUGAAUAUGGCCGGUGCCACAGAAGGUCUAGUAAUCGCCGGGUUCGCAGCCUUUCUGCCCAAACAAAUUGAGAAUCAAUUCAGUAUUUCGCCAGUUUGGUCCGCGCUCUUAAUGGGACUCAUUACAGUGCCCGCAGGUGGUGGUGGCACUUUCCUCGGCGGUUAUCUAAUUAAAAAAUUGAAACUAAACUGCGCCAAUAUUAUAAAAAUGUGUUUGAUUAUGACAACGAUUUCGGCAUUCUUCACCUCUUGCUUUUUGCUCUCCUGUCCGAAUUUGGCGUUUGCGGGUGUCACUACACAGUAUCGCAGGGAAGUGCUUAAAGACAGUGCCAAGGAAAUGACAAAUUUGACAGAUGGCGUGGAGCGCUCUUACUUGGGCAUGGAGCUGCAAUCGAGUUGUAAUGUGGAUUGUGGUUGCAGUAAAUUGAAUUAUGAACCGAUUUGUGGCGCUGAUGGUAUUCUCUAUUAUAGUCCAUGCUUCGCCGGUUGCCAUGAGGAAUAUCAUAUGAAUCAGGUUAAAAUUUACACGAAUUGCUCGUGCAUCGAUAAGCAAAUGUUUGAUGAUGGUGACACCCCAGAUGCCACGAAUCUGAUGUGUAAAUCUACUUGUCAUUACCUGUCGUAUUUCGUGGGCUUGUGUUUUGUGCUGAUGCUCUUUACAUUCCUGUCGACUAUGCCGGCACUGUCGGCUACACUGAGGUGUGUGCGCGACGAUCAGCGUUCGUUUGCACUCGGUAUACAGUGGAUAAAAGUGCGGCUUUUCGGCACUAUACCAGCGCCAAUGAUUUUCGGCAAGCUCAUUGAUGAUUCAUGCAUUCUUUGGCAGGAGACUUGCGAUGAAGACGGCAGCGGUGUGGGGGCUUGCUUGGUCUACGACAACUACAACAUGAGCAAGUAUAUGUGGCUGCUAGCACUGGUAGGCAAAACGCUGUCUGUUAUAUUUUUCUUUGGCGCACUGUGGUUUUACAUACCACCAAAAAAGUCAGCAAUUAACAGCGAUAACUCACAGACUGUAAACAACAGUGCCGACAUAACGAAAGUGGCCACGGUCGAGGCCAAAUGAAUCAAAAAUAGUUGAACACAUCCCCAUGCUUACAUACUCGUGUGCAUAUGCGAGCGCAUACAUACAAGUUCGUUUAUUUAUACAUAUAAGUGUGUGUGCUCGUGUUUAGAAGGAAUACUCAAAACAAAAACGUAAAAGCAGUUUCUCCUCGCAUUCUGCCCGCUCACCGAAACUGGAAAUGUAAACAAAAACGAAAGCGCAUCAAAACAGUUCGGUGGUUCGCCAUUUCGGCAUAAGCAAACACACACACUCGCUUUACACGUGCAGUCGACUUAUAUGUAUGUAUGUGCUGUCAGCUGAUUACAGUCACGGCUAUCAUAAAGGCUUCGGUAUUUAUAUAUUUUAGUAUGUACUCUUUAGAUUUCCUAUAAUGUUAAGAGCAAGCGUAACUGUAACAGUAGUUUUCUAAUAUUUGUAUAAUCAAUAAAUAUUUGUGGAAAAUAAUUAUGUAAUUGUUUAUCAAUUUGUAACUUGUACUGUGAAUGUGUUAAAAAAAAAACAUUGAGACCAACAGCUGUGCCUAAGUAUGUAUAAAGUUUUAAACAAAAAACUC